UCUGAUCCGUUCGCAUAACAUGAUGUAUUUGUGAUGAUCAUAACACACGGCAUAUUAACUAUUAAUAGCCGGUUGCCAUUGCCGUUGCCGUUGCCGUUGUUGUGUACAUACACAACAUGUAUGUGUAAACGGAUGAAAAAAAAAAAAUGGCGCGUUGAUUUAAAAAUAGCUCUAACUUAAACUCAAACAUAUGAACAUGAAAUAAACAGUGUUUUGUUGCCGUAUUCAGACAAACGCUCUGAAUUCAUUGACAGCUGCGUAGCGUAAUUAUUAUCCAAGUUCAUAAGUUGAUAAUUUUUUUGAUUGUAUCAAACAAAUUAACAUUUUACGCUGAAAACAAACAAAUUUAAGGUAUUGAGACGUGCACCGAACCAUUUGUGUGAGUGAUUGUGUGAUCCAGAUGAAUCGAAUUGAGUUGUUGCUGCAAAAUACACUUGAAUAGUGAGUCAGAUGCCCGUCGACAUUGUGUCGGCAUUAGGUGGGCCUGUGUAAUUGUAUUGUGUCAAGUGCGAGAAAAAUUCAUGUUUCUUCAAUCAACUAAUCCGAAAUUAUCGUAGAAAUGAAAUCUAAAUGUUGAUCAAUCGAAAUUUUUUGAAUUUCGAAUGUAAAUAUUCAUUUAGCGAUUUAAGCAAUAGAUUACAGUGAUGAGCACACAGUUGCAACAGAAAACAGGCAAUACAAUAAGCAAUGAUAUCGCACAAGAAUCACGAACAUUCUUACGUUGGGUGAAUUCAAAGCUGAGACUAAGCGAUAAACCACCAAUAUCCGACGUUCAGACGGGCCUCAACGAUGGAAUGGUUUUAGUUGAACUGGUUGAAAUGCUGUCAGGCAGAAAAAUUGGCAAUAAAUUUACCAAAAUCAAUUCCAAACUACGACAACAUCAUUUAGAUCGUGUUACAUUAGUUCUUGAAUGUUUGCGCACCGAUAACGUUAACACAUUCAUCAAAAUUGAUCCGAGUAAAAUCAUCAGUGGAAAUAUUGAAACGAUUCUGGCUGUAUUAUGGUCAUUGAUAUGGCAUUAUUCCAUUGCUUCAACCAUUUUUGAAAGCCCACAAAUCAACAACUCGACAGAUUCAUACGAGACGAAGAAACAUAGACUUUUGCAAUGGAUUCAAAUCAAAGUGCCGAAAUUGAACAUUACCAACUUUACGUCGGACUGGAGAAACGGAGAGGCAAUCGGAGCGUUAAUAAAUGCUAUCGCUCCCGGCUUAUGCGCUGAUCACACAACAUGGAAUGAUAAGAAUCGCUUAACCAACACUAUUGAAGCGAUGACAUUAGCCAGAGAUUGGUUAGAUAUUCAAAUGUUCAUUCUAGCCGAGGAAUUGAUCAGUGGCUAUGUCAACGAAAAAACACUCAUUACAUAUUUAAGCCAAUUUACGACGGCAAAACUGCGCUCAGGUGCACCGCUUAGAGCCAAACGAUACUCGAACAGAAUAUCUGCAUACGGGCCUGGAAUAUCACCGUUCGGUGCCGUUGCUCAUACUCCAGCUAAUUUUACCGUUGAAACAGUUGCAGCGGGAAAAGGAUCAAUUGAUGUACAUAUUCGAGGACCGACCGGAUUGAUCGAAAAAGCAGAUGUGCGAUUUAACAACGACGAAAAACUUUCGUAUUCUGUUUCUUAUAUACCCAAAUCAGCUGGUGACUAUAAGAUAUUCGUUACAUUUCUGGGAAAAGAUAUACCGAACAGCCCGUUUAAUGUGCACGUUACUGAAAAUGUGGGUGAUAUAUCGAAAAUACAAUUAUUAGGCCCUGGUUUGCAGCCAGAAGGGAAUUACUGCGGAAAAACCACCUAUUUUGAUAUUAUUGCAGAAGAUACCGAGUGUGGUAUACCAGAAGUGAUUAUUCUCGAUCCAGCCGGUCACAAAACUACUGUUCCGGUAAAAAUGCGUCAAAUCUAUCAUAAUCAAUGGAGAUGUGAGUACUCAUCAAAUUUAAUGGGUCUUCAUUCGGUCAAUGUAUUUUUUGGAGGCGUUCCGGUUAGAAAUAGCCCAUUUGGUGUAAAAAUAUCAUCAAUUUGUGAUUCUCGUAAAAUACGAGUCAAAGGACGUGGAAUACAAGCGAGAGGCAUCAGAAAUGGUGAUGAUGCUGUAUUUUUCAUCCAUACAACAUCCGCUGGUAUCGGAACACCAGAGGUGAAAAUCGUUGGACCCGGAGGAAUCAAUCAAAAUGUUGAUAUAAAACAUGUUAAAGAAGAUGUAUACGAAUGUCACUAUUAUCCAACGAAAGAGGGGCGAUACGUGAUUAUGGUAAAAUUCGGCAAAUUUGAAGUGCCGAAAGCACCGUUUGAAGUAAUAGUUGGCCCACGCAGUCAGUCAUCUAUCGUUGCAUAUGGGCCUGGAUUGAAAGGUGGCAUUGCCGGUUUGCCAGCUUCAUUCGUUGUGGAAAUGAAUGGCGAAACUGGUGCACUGGCGUUCAGUGUUGCUGGACCGUCACAAGCUGAAAUUGAAUGCCACGACAAUGGUGAUGGCUCGGCGCUCGUUAGGUACCUUCCAACUGUCCCCGGAGAAUAUGCAAUCCAUAUUUUAUGCGACAACGAAGAUAUUAAUAAGAGUCCAUUCAUUGCACAAAUUCAACCGAAAGCCAGCUUUCGACCGGAUCUUGUGAGAUGUUCUGGAACAGGAAUUCAAUCUUACGGUGUAAUGCUGAAUUGUGCCACAGAAUUCAGAAUCGAUGUACACGAUGCGGGCAUUGCACCACUCGAGAUUAAUAUUCAAGAUACAUUAGGAACUCAGCUGCAGUAUACAAGUUCAACUAAUGAAAAUGGCAUAACAACAUGCUGUUAUACGCCUAAAAGCACCCUGCCACAUGUGAUCGAAGUGAAUUAUGGUGGUGUUGCUGCAUCGGAAUCACCUUAUCGUGUUUAUGUUUCAGCACCGCCGGAUGUAACGAAAAUCCGUGUGUUCGGCGACUGGUUUGAAACGAAAACCAAACUCAAUGAGGGCAACAAUUUCAAAAUUGAUACAUCUCAGGUGGAUUAUGCCGAGUUGAAUGUUUAUUUGAUCCACGAAGAAAGUGGCAUAAAGAUUCCAGUUACAAUUUCAAAUGACAAUGGUGUUUAUACAGUAGAUUUAAAUGUGAAAAAACCAGGGAAUUAUUUAACAAAAAUUUAUUACGGAGGAAUCCCGUUGUCAUUUACACAAAAGGUAUACGUACCACCACUUCCAGUACCAGUAAAUAAUUACAUUCCUGAAUUAUCCACGCCUCAAGCGUAUCCCGAAAAAGUGAAAGUGUUUGGUCCAGCAUUUUCGGAAGCAAAUCUGUAUGCUGGUGUUGCAACCUACUUCAAUAUUGAUGUAUCGAAAGCUGGACAAGGCAUCGUCGCCGUCUGUAUAUUCAAUAUGAAUGGCAUACCCGUUGACAAUGUGUUUGUUGUAAAUAAAGGAGGUGGCUUGUAUACGGUCAAUUUCAUUCCACCAAACGAAAAAUCAAUCGUGAUUAGUGUUAAGUUUGCCCAUCAAAAUGUUAACUCAAGUCCAUUUCUGCUAACGAUCAUUACAAAAGAUGAUGAAAAAACUGCAUUAGCUAGCUCAUUUGACACGACACAAUCCAUUCGAAGAUCCGACAUUAGCUUGGCGAUUGAGGAUCAUUCAAGCAGUCGCGAAGAUUCGGAAACGACGACACAAAAUGCCGAUUCACCUAGGUACAGACGCAUUCAAUUCAAUAAAUUGCUUGUGUCUCUACCGUUUGAUGAGCUAAAAGCACAAGUGAAAAUGCCAAGCGGAAAAAUUGAUUUGCCCGUUAUCGAAGACAACUUUGAUGGUACAAUUCGAGUUCAAUAUAACCCAACGGAAGACGGUGUUCACGAAUUGGUUUUGCUUCAUAACGGAACUCCUGUUCAAGGUUCACCGUAUAAAUUCCAUGUGGAUUCACAGGCAAGUGGUUGCUUGACUGCAUAUGGGCCAGGCCUAUCAGUUGGUAAAACGGGAGAACCGUGUGUUUUUACCAUUUCCACUAAAGGUGCCGAAGUUCCAUUGUUAUCACUUUCGGUGGAGGGUCCUAGCAAAGCAAAAAUUUCCUAUACUGAUAACAAAGAUGGAACGAUUUUGGUGACGUUUUUGCCAACCGAAGCGGGUGAUUAUAAAAUUUCGGUACGAUUCGGUGACAAGCAUAUAGCUGGGUCACCAUUUAUGUGCAAAGUAGAAGGCGAUGGCAAAAAGCUAAGAAAUCAACUUUCAAUUGGAUCAUGUUCACAAGUGACAUUGCCUGGUGUUUUAACCGAUGCCGAUUUGCGUUCACUGAAUGCCGUCAUCACAACACCAUCCGGCAUUGAAGAGCCGUGUUUCUUAAAGAGAUUGCCAUCGGGAAAUAUUGGCAUAUCAUUUACGCCACGUGAAACCGGAGAACAUACCGUUAGCGUCAAACGCAUGGGCAAACAAAUCAAAAACUCACCAUUUAAAAUUAACGUGUCCGAAAGAGAAGUUGGUAAUGCGAAAAAAGUUAAGGUGACCGGAGCUGCACUGGAAAAUGGAAAAACGCACACAGACAACACUUUCAUUAUCGACACCCGAGAAGCUGGCUACGGUGGUCUAUCGUUGUCGAUUGAAGGACCCAGCAAAGCUCAAAUCAAGUGCCUCGAUCAAGUUGAUGGAACAUUGCAAAUUUCCUACAAACCAACUGUACCAGGGAAUUAUAUUCUGAACUUGAAGUUUGCCGAUCACCACGUCGAAGGCUCACCAUUCAAUAUUAAGGUAUCUGGCGAAGGAAAAAGUUGUCAACGCGAAAACAUCUCGCAACAAACAUCGGCCGUACCAUCGAAUGAUGUCGGCAGCAAAUGCAAAUUGACUUUCAAGAUGCCGGGCAUAACAUCGUUUGAUCUUGCAGCCAGUGUUACAUCGCCAAAAGGCGUCUGCCAAGAUGCUGAAGUGCAAGAGGUCGAAGAUGGUUUGUAUGCGGUUCAUUUUGUGCCUAAAGAAGAAGGAGUCCACACAAUCUCUGUCAGAUAUACUGACAUUCAUAUACCAGGUUCGCCGUUCCAAUUCACCGUUGGGCCAUUUGUCGAUUCUGGUUCGCACUUGGUCAAAGCUGGUGGUUCUGGCUUGGAAUUCGGUGAAGUUGGUGUUCCAGCUGAAUUCAACAUUUGGACACGUGAAGCUGGCGAAGGAAAGAUUGCCAUUUCAAUUGAGGGACCUAGCAAAGCUGAAAUUAAUUUUAAAGAUCGUAAGGAUGGAUCAUGCAAUGUGGCCUAUACAGUAAAAGAACCAGGAGAGUACCAUGUCAGCUUGAAGUUCAAUGAGCGCCACAUUCCGGAUUCACCAUGGUUAGUCAAAUUUAGUCCACCUGCUGCUGAUGCACACAAAGUAGAAAUUGCCCAAUUCCCACAAGGCGCCAUUCAAACAAACACACCGUCACAAUUUUUAGUUCGUAAAAAUGGCGCCAAAGGCGAUAUUGAUGCCAAGAUUGUUUCGCCGUCAAAUCUAUCCGAUGAUUGUUUUGUACAAAACAUUGAUUCAGAAGAAACUUCGGUUCGUUUUUAUCCACGUGAGGAAGGAAUUCAUGCUAUCCAUGUCAAAUUGAACGGUGUUCAUAUUCCUGGCUCUCCAUAUCGCGUCCGAGUCGGCAAAGAUGUUGCUGAUGCAUCUGCCAUCAAGGCUGAAGGGGCCGGUUUGAAAGAUGCCGUUACUGGUCAGAAAUCUCACGUCCUCAUUAGCACACUAGAUGCAGGCUCAGGAACAUUGUCAGUCACAGUGGAUGGGCCAGCGAAGGUAUCUUUGGAUUGUACUGAAACUGACGACGGAUACAAAGCAAGAUACACGCCGUUUUUGCCUGGAGAAUACUAUAUCACGCUCAAAUACAAUAACACUCAUGUUGUUGGUUCGCCAUUCAAAGUGAACUGUACAGGCAAAGCGAUGGUUGAUGAGGGCGGCCAAGAAUCAACAAAUGUGUCAGUUCAAACGGUUGCAAAGCACUCAAAAGGUAAUAAAAAUGGACCAGCUCUGCCAGUUUUCAAUGCUGAUGCAACAAAAGUCACAAUUAAGGGAAUGGGCAUUAAAAAGGCGUUUGUAGGGAAACAAAAUCAAUUCACAGUAAAUUGCUCUGAAGCAGGUCACAGCAUUCUGUUUGUUGGUUUGUACAACCCAAAAGGACCGUGUGAAGAAGUGCAAGUGAAACAUACUGGCAAAAAUACUUUCACCGUUAAUUACUACAUUCGCGAACGUGGCGAAUACACAUUAUUGGUUAUGUGGGGAGAGAAUCAUAUAGCUGGCUCACCAUUUGCUGUUGAGGUUCCAACAAAAUGCUAAAUUUUGUUGUGCUACCUAUGCUAUCAUCAUCACCAUCGAGUUGCACUUGAUUAAUUCUUGUCUUCAUUUUUUUCUUCUUCUGUUGUUGUAUCAAUCUCUCUCUCUCUCUCGGUCAUAUACACCGAACAUAGUACAGUCCCAUUUUUUGGCUAUACCGAUGGCAAAUCCAAAUAAUUUUGGAUGCGGCAUGGAAUUGAAAUUUACUUGAAAGUUUCACUGAAACAUGGAAUGCGACUGGACCAGUAUAUGUUCAGCUCUUUUUGUCGAUGCUGGUGUGUUUUCUCUUAGAGUUUGAUGUUGCACAUACUCUUCUCUCCCAUCAAUAACUUUACUUUAUACACACACAAAAAACAAGAAUGUUUGAAUGGAAAUUUUCAUAUUCUAUUUUAUAUAUUUAAUGAAUUUUGCAUGGAGUGCCAAACGUUAAAUAGACAGACAGAUUUACAUUGUAGCUUGUUUCAUACCUCUAUAUAACUGAGUGUAUUUCAACUUUUUAACACCUAUGUGAACUGUGCCCGGAAUUUUAGAAAAUUCUCUUCUUUUUUUAAAAAUCUAUAAUAUAGUCGCUCCGAAGCGUGUUUAAUGUAAAACUUUUUGCCCAAAAUAUAAUAAAAAUAAACGAAACGGAAAACAUCAAAAGCA